AUGCAUAAUAGUAUUAGUAAAACGCUUAUCCAAAAAAUUGGUUUAUAUAUUACUAGAGAAUUUGAAUCAGAAUAUCUUGCAGUAAAAGAGCUUGAUAUUGACGAACAAAUGCUGGCAAGAAAGUUAAAAUCGCUACCUUUGGUAAUAAUAAAUACAAAAACUUUUGUAGUUAUUGAUAAGCCUGAAUAUGAUUUAGUUUUAGGUAAUAAUUGA